AUGGACCGGUUCGAUGACACAGGACAAGCGGAGAGAGUGCAAAAGUCGCUAAACGGCCUGUUCAUCGGGAUCUACAUGUCUGCCAUCCUGUACGGGCUCACCACGUAUCAGACAGCAGCCUACUUCCGUAAAUCUGAACAAGAUCCGCUAGUUCUCCGUAUAACGGUACCUGCUCUCUACCACUUCUCAACCCAACAGUGUCCUAACCAACAUCCACUCCGUGCGGGGAUCCACAAUAUACAACAGGUCUUCAUCCUCUGGCUGCUGAACACACUCCAUGCUCUAUUCGGCGCGAUUGGGAUGAUGGAUCUUAUCUCGCAGAUUCUCUGGAGCUCUACGUCGUUCGGUUUUGCCCUCGAACAACAACCAUGGACAUUGGUGCCGUUCACCGAUAUCUCCGUCAGAGGAUUCUACUGCAUCCGCAUCUGGCGACUGAGCGAUAAACAUCCCAUUUUGACUGGACUCGCGGUGGUCUUUAGCCUUGGACCAUCGGCUGGAGCGUUAUACUUUGGAAUCAAAAUGCACGUUUCACAAUUCCUCGCUCUCACUACAACACUGAUUCAACACGCUGUACAGGAUCGGAAAGAGCUGGCUAGAAUACUUCAAUCUCACAUAUACACCAACGCCCUCCUCGCCUCUCUCAACAGGCGCGCGUCAAUCCGCAACGGAACGGUACCCACGACCGAUAUAAUCAGCGCGCACUUCCGUACUGGAACAGGUAUAGGAAUCGGCACUGGGAUACGUGCGAAGCCCAAAGGGACCGAAGUGAGCGCGAUCGCUUUUAACGGCGCGUCGGUGGGCGAUUAUGGGCGCCAGUCGAUGUUAAGCAAAGGGGAUGGCGGGGCGUAG